AUGUCAUUGAACAGAAAGAGGUCCGAAAAUGGAAAUGGAACUACGUCUGUGAAGAAAACGUCACAUAAUUUCCCCACGAUAGCUAAGCUAUAUUCGAUAAAAGCCGAGGAAACUCAUAUAUCACUUCCGCGUAAAUCAGGAGGGAUAGUUGUUGGGAGAAGCAGUGGGUGUGAUAUCAAAAUUAGUGGCGGUGAUGUAUCGUCGAAGCAUUGUCAAUUUUCGUUAGCCAACAAUGGGAACGGGCGAGAAUAUUUGUACCUCACGGAUAUGAGUUCCAAUGGAACCUUCUUAAAUGACGAGCUAAUUGGUAGAUCUACAACCACGCUAUUAAAAAGUGGUGACAAGCUUACAUUUGCCAAGACCGGCGGUGUCUAUGUGUUUCGCUAUGCGAUAGAUGAAAUUGAAGAAAGAAAUAGGAAAGUCUCAUUUUUCGAUGAUUAUAUAUUAGGUAAACAAUUGGGUUCUGGUCAUUAUGCAGUGGUGAAGGAAGCCAGAGAUCGUCAUUCAGGAGACAUUGUUGCAGUGAAAGUAUUCCACCCUAAUAAAAGUACCGCUACCAGCGCUGACUCGGAACUUGCGGAGAAGGAAGCUGCCAAGUUACAACAGGAAAUGAACCUUUUGUUGUCAAUUAACCAUGCUAACAUUGUGAGAUUCAUAUCAUACUAUGUAGAACCUUCGUCGUCGACUGGUCUCAGCACUACUUAUCUUGUAUUGGAGAAAAUGAACGACGGAGAAUUGUUCCAAAGGAUAGUCAACAAGCUGAAGUUAGGACAAGAAGAAACCAAAGCGAUGUUUCGUCAGUUACUCUCGGGAUUGGAAUAUUUGCAUAGUAACAAUAUUAUCCAUAGAGACAUUAAGCCGGAAAAUAUACUUUUGGAUAUAACGCCCCGUGUCUCUGCUCAACAGGCACAAACAGGUCCCUGGGACCAUGAUGAAAUCGACAUUAAGGUUAAGAUAGCUGACUUUGGAUUGGCAAAAUUCAUCGGUGAGCUCAAGUUUACCAAUACACUCUGUGGAACUCCCGCUUAUGUAGCUCCUGAGAUUUUGGACAAUACGCAUGAGAGAAGUUAUUCCACCAAGGUUGAUCUUUGGCUGAGUGGAGUCUUACUCUAUGUUUGCCUUUGUGGGUUCCCUCCUUUCAGCGACGAACUAGCACCACCAUCGAUGAGACAGCAAAUCUUAGAAGGGAAGUAUGCAUUCUAUUCUCCAUAUUGGGACGAAAUAAACGAUUCUGCCCUCGAUCUUAUAAGUUCCCUAUUGGUAGUGGAUCCCUUAGAAAGAUACGAUGUCAAGAGAACUUUGGGGCACUUCUGGUUUUCUGAACAAGAAGGUCAUUCUAAUAUAUCGCAGUCACAAUCACAAUCGGAGAUAGAAUAUAUGCAAGUUGAUGACAGUUUGAAUGCAUCAGCUCCGACUCAAACGAGCUUAUCUUCUGUAUCCGUUCAAAGGAGCCAGCCUCGAUCGAAUACUCAACCUCUAAGUUUGAGAGAUAGGUACACUUCAGAGUUGAACUUUGGAAAAUCCUCCAUGUAA